AUUUUCAAUUUUCAAAAACGUUCUGUUUUCAUUUCAUCUCAAGUCUUUUGCUAGAUUAUUAUCAAAUAUAUUGUUAUUAAUUCCUAAUUUUCAUUUCAUCUGAUGCUGUAAUCAUGGAGGCUAAAACAGAAUUACAGAAAAAUGCGAUUGCCGAAGCUCGUCGUAAAGAACUUGAAGCUUUCCAGCGAGCUCUAGAUAUACAAUGGUUGAACAGCCGUAUGGAAGACGGCAGGAUGGGCCGCUGUCUUGCGCUCAUACAGAAAGAAGCAGAAAUGGAAAAAGAUUUUCAGGAGAGAACAGACCACGCAGCAAUAGUAAACGCUAGAGCACACAAGGAAAUGGCUCUGGGCAUUGAAAUAGCUAAAGUGCGCCGUGAAGAGGCCUGUGAAUUGCUCAGGCGGCACUACUUGCGUGAACGAGAUCCAAGCCUACGAGAGCUUAGCAAGAAGUUACAUGCUGGCUAUGUGCGAAGAGAUCUGCAGCAGCAGAUCGUACACAAUCAGUAUAGAAAACUACAGGAUAAGGCAGAAGAAAACGCAGCGAACCGAAUCCUCGCGAAAUCCCUCUCCAGUGACAUAGAAGCAAGGGAAAAGGAAGAGAAGGACAAAUUAGAGAAAGACACAAAGUACCGCCUGCAGUUACAGCAGCAGUUAGUUAAUAGACAGCGGCAGAAGCAGUGCGAGUAUGAAGAAAUGCUGAUUGAAAAGAAGAUGCUAGAGGAUAUUGAAAGGACUAUAGCUGAUGAGGAUCAGAGAGAAUUACAACAGAAACGCGAACAAAUGGAGAAGUGUAGUCGAGAAAUGGUCACAUUCAAAAAGGCGCGCGAAGCGUGGAAAGAGAAACAAAAGGAAAUGCUUGUUAUAGAGGAGAGGAAUAUUGAGAAGCAAAGGAAAGACGCAUCUGAUAGGAGUUCAGCGAUUAUAGCAGAAAGAGAAAGAAAGAUGAGGGAAAGGGAUGAGCUGACUCAGAAAAUUGCUGCUAAAAUAUUAGCCGAAGAGGCAGAACGUUUAGAAAGAGAGAACAUUAUAAAGUCCCUGCAAGAACAAGAGUAUUUAGAGAAGAAUGUUCAAGAUGACAUGGCGGAGAGAAACAAAAUGGAGUUUGUGAAGAGAGACACAAGAGAAUCUCUUAUGUCACAGAUGGAGAAUAGAAAGAGACUGCAAAAAGCUGAAAAAGAAAAGGAAAUGGUUUUUAGGAAAGAGACGGAAGCAAAAAUAGCCGCCCAAGAUGAAAAAGAGAGGGAAAAAGAGAGGAAGAAGAAAGAGAAAAGCGAACAGUAUUCAAAAGAGUUGCGGAAACAGAUAGAAGCUAAUGCUAAGAGACGGCAAGCGGAACAAGAGUUGGAGGCUAAUAGAGCCAAAUAUGUAUGGGAUUGUGACGCUGCUUGGCGAAAAGAAGUAUCAGAAGAACGGAAGAAAAUUAUUAAAGAGCAUGUACCCAAAGUGCUUGGUUAUUUGCAAGCUGGAGUAUUGAAGGAAGAAGAUGUGCCACAGAUAAAAGAAGUUAUUGACCUAAAUCUGGACCUUUCUAAACCAAAACCUACACGUCGACCUAAAUGUAACGCGCAGUGUCGAAUUAUUAGAGAUUAUUAGUAAUGAAACUGUGAUAUUUUAUUGUAGUUAAAUUUUAGUGCAUGUAUACUAAUUUGCCAAAGAUGAUUAUAAAAAAUAAAUAAAUUGAUAACAGGAGAAA